CUCUGCGCUCUGAGAGCAGAGGUGUGGCCUGCGAGCACCUCCUCUCACGGUGUCCUCACAGCUCGUGCUCCAACCUGUUACGCCUGGACUUGCCUAUUUUUCAUGGAAUUAGGGACGUUCACAUGCCUUCCUGAGAUUCCUUCCCGUGUCUGCAUUCUUCUCGUCUGGCUGAGGGCUAUGGCACUCCGCUCUCAGGCUCCUGUGAGCAGGGCCAGAAUGAGUCUGUUUGGAACGACCUCGGGUUUUGGAACUGGUGGGACCAGCAUGUUCGGCAGCACCACCACGGAUAAUCACAACCCCAUGAAGGAUAUUGAAGUCACGUCUUCUCCUGAUGACAGCAUCGGCUGUCUGUCUUUUAGCCCACCAACUUUGCCUGGGAACUUUCUGAUCGCAGGGUCGUGGGCUAACGAUGUUCGCUGCUGGGAGGUGCAGGACAGCGGCCAGACCAUCCCCAAAGCCCAGCAGAUGCACACCGGGCCCGUGCUGGACGUCUGCUGGAGUGACCAAAGUAUUUACAGCGUCGUGGAUGGGAAGUAAGUAUUUACAGCGGCGUGUGAUAAAACUGCCAAAAUGGGGGACCUCAACAGUAACCAAGCAAUACAGAUUGCACAGGUAACCGCUCCGGUUAAGACCAUACAUUGGAUCAAAGCCCCGAACUACAGCUGCGUGAUGACUGGGAGCUGGGAUAAGACUCUGAAGUUUUGGGAUACCCGGUCGUCAAAUCCGAUGAUGGUUUUGCAGCUCCCUGAAAGGUGUUACUGUGCUGACGUGAUCUAUCCCAUGGCCGUCGUGGCCACUGCCGAGAGGGGCCUGAUCGUUUAUCAGUUAGAGAAUCAGCCUUCUGAGUUCAGGAGGAUAGAGUCUCCACUGAAGCACCAGCAUCGGUGUGUGGCGAUUUUUAAAGAUAAACAGAACAAGCCGACCGGAUUUGCCCUGGGAAGUAUUGAGGGGAGAGUUGCUAUUCACUACAUCAACCCCCCAAAUCCAGCCAAAGACAACUUUACCUUUAAGUGUCAUCGAUCUAAUGGAACCAACACGUCAGCCCCCCAGGACAUCUACGCGGUGAAUGGAAUUGCCUUCCAUCCCGUCCACGGCACCCUUGCAACAGUGGGGUCUGAUGGUCGAUUCAGCUUCUGGGAUAAAGAUGCCAGGACAAAGCUAAAGACCUCGGAACAGUUGGACCAGCCGAUAUCAGCCUGCUGCUUCAACCACAACGGGAACAUAUUUGCAUAUGCAUCCAGCUACGACUGGUCUAAGGGACAUGAGUUCUAUAAUCCCCAAAAGAAAAACUACAUUUUCCUGCGGAAUGCAGCUGAAGAGCUAAAGCCCAGGAACAAGAAGUAGCGGCCCAGGCUUCUGGAUGCCUGGGGUUGUUUCCUCUCCACUCGGCCUCGUCUCUGUACGAAUCUGGGUCCCCGCUUUGGUGGGUCGUCGGCCAGGGACGUGGAUCUCAACCCCUGGAGAAAAUGAUGCCGUUGUCAGCAGUUGACAGCCCAGCCAUCCGCGGUGACUUGCCGCCUCCAUUCCACUGCCCGUUGCAGUUUUCUGUGACCCUGAGGGACUGACGUGAUUAGGGAAGUUAGGUUCCUGGGGUGGCUGCCGGGUUUCACAGCACCUCGCCCAGCAGCAUCUGUCGGGGAGUACUGGACACAGUCUGCCGACCCCGUGCUGUAUGUUGUAAUAAAGAUGUUUUGAAGAUUGUCUCCUGAGCUCCCUCUAUUCUCCUGCCCUACACCAGGACCUUGGCGGUUGUCAUCCUGCCGGAGUCUGCGUUAGGCUCUGAUGGCGAAUGGCGACUUCAGCCCUUCGGGAAUUGCAGGAACCUCACACUUUAGGAGGGGCGUUCUGAGCUGUGGCCGUUCCUGCCAGGUGGCGGGCCAGCCUCCAGAAGGCAGGCAGAGUCCACGUGGCUUUUCUUUGACUUUCUUCAUUCCUGUCUUCAUGUCCCCAGUGCUUUCUGGCUUUGCUGAGAGACCUCCUAGUGACUCCAGCACCUGAAUGGUGGGCCUUUUAGGGGCGUACCUUGCACGGCCCCAGUGGGUGGAGCUUUUGUGGCCUUGAGUCAGGGCCCACACCAUGCCUGGGGGCUGCCCGCUCAUGCUGCGGUGUGACCGUGUUGAGUGUUGCUUUUCUCUUCGUGGGACUUUAAAUUCCCAGCCGGUGAGUCUCUCAGAUGCAAUCCAGCUUGACGUUUGGCUUCCAGGGCUCCUGUUGUAUUUUUACCUGUGAUCACAAAUGCUGCUUCGGCCUUUCUGUUCGGGGUGGUGGGGAAAUCUUAACUGCCGAGUGUGAAUAUCGGGUAUCGCUGAUGUAAGAUGUGUUUGCUGCCUCAUACAAAGUGAUGAAAAUAAAGCUUUUUACCGUAAGAG